AUGAGCAUCCCGAUCCAGGCAACGCCGCCCGACUCCGAUGCCGCGUACAUCAUCGACCAACUCGAAGGCGAGCGUGUUAGUAUCCCGGGCAGCAAAGGUGUCUUCAGGAUCCUCGCUUCAUCCAAGCAGACCAGCGGAGGAAUCGCCGUUUUCUCAAGUGGAGCCGUGCUCUCAGAUGCCCCGGGCUUUCACUGGCACGCUGAGACCCACGAUAUCUUCCUGGUGACGAAGGGUUUCCUCAAGCUGUGGAAUGGGGACAAGUGCAGGAUUAUGGGGCCGGGAGACUUCGCAUACGUUCCACCAGUGAUCAUACACAACCCGGAACUAACUGGUCCUCACACCGAGAUGCUUGGACUGAUUGCCCCAGGCGACUGGGUCGACUUCUUCAGAUACGUGGGCGAGAAAUAUGAAGGUGUGAUCGUGCCCGAGUCGGACGACCGCGAUCUCAAGAGCCUGCUCAUCCCAAAGGUCAUGGCCGCCAAGGACCGAUUCGACGUCAACUUUGUUCGGGACUACAACCCUCCCGAGGUCGGCGAGUGGCGCGACGACGAGAAUGUCCUCCCCGAGCCUCUGACGCCCUACUUCUUGCGCGCAAACACCGGGCCGAGGCAGAUUCUUGGCGGCAUUCUCGGCAAGUUCGCCAUCUCCAGCAUCGAGUCUUCCAACCAGUAUGGCCAGUCUGCGUUUGCGCAGCAGUGGCUCACGUUCAAGAACGUACACCACUGCUUCGCAGUUCAGGAGGGAAUCCUGAAGGUCAGGCUCAGGGAGGAGAACUCGGACAGUUGGAAUGAGGUCAGGGAAGGGCAGACGCUGUUAGUGCCUGCGGGUAAGGCUUUCGUACUUGACUUUGGGAGCCGGUUCGUAAGAGCUAUCUCAUUCACGAAUGGGCCUGGGCUUGAGGAGGUGGUAAGGAUGGCGGGUUCUGAUUGCCUGACCGUUGUGCUGCCAGAAAAGCCAGCUGCAUAUGAAAAUAGCAAGCUUCAAGACGUUUUAGGGCAAGUUGGGGUGGUGGCCGAGAAUCUUUAG